AUGCCUGACGAAAAAAUACCAACCCCUCCGCAGUGGGACACUUUCCAGCGACUAUGCCACAACACUCAAGUCGUGGCAUCCGAUCUCUCUGCAACCAUUGAUGAGAAAAGGCAGAAUCUGCCCAUUAGUAGCGAGUUCCAAUUCGCGGCGGCCGACCCUUUGUGCGCCCAGCCCGUUAAUCAUCCCGGCCGAUUCGACGCCGAGAUCGCCUCGUGCGUCGUCCACGGAAACAUCCCCGAAUGCAUCGACGGGACAUUUUACCGCAUCAUCUGCGAUUUUGUGUUUGCCAACCGUAAUGGACAUGACAUCUGGAUCAAUGGCGAUGGUGCCGUGAACGCUUGGAGAAUCUCGAACGGCGUGGUCGACUUCAAGCAGAAGUUCGUUCGGACCCCGCGCUUCAUCCUGGAACGGGCGGCUCGCAAGCCACUUUGGGGCACGUAUCGAAACCCUUAUGCAGGAGACCCGCGAGUCUUUGACCAGAUUCAGUCUACGGGCAACACGCAUGUUCAGUGGUGGCAGAAGAGGUUGCUCGUCCUCAAGGAAGAUAGCCCGCCAUUGCUCGUGGACCCUGACACAUUGGACACGAUUGGGGUGUACGACUUCGAGGGCCAAAUGACGGCCAAGACGUUUUGCGCCCACCCCAAGACGGAUAUUUCCACUGGUGAGAUGCUCGGUUUCGGCAUGGAAGCUGCUGGGCUUGGCUCGAAUGACCUUGCCUAUUACAGGUUCAGCAAAGAGGGGAAAUUGCUGGAUGAGUGUUGGAUCAAAACUCCGGUCGUCACCUGGACCCAUGACAUGGCCGCAACUGACAAUUAUGUUAUCUUCGGGAUGACGCCGCACGAGUUCGACUUGAAGCACAUGAAGGAGGCCAACGGAACUCAUUUUCGACGAAACCCUUUCCUUGCCAAUCACUUUGGUGUCCUUCCACGUCGUGGCCCCAAACCAGAGGACGCAAGAUGGUUUACCUCGCUAAAGAACCACUACUGGGGCCACGUGAGUAACCAUUUCGAGGGUGAUGACGGCUGCAUCUACAUCGAUACCUUCCUCCACGACACAGAUGCACUCGGCGUUUUCCCAACCCAGCAUCCCGAACUCGAGUCUGCGCACAACCCCGGCCACCGUCCUCCCGUGGGCAAGUUCGUCAGGUUCAAGAUUGACCCAACCGCCGACAGUACGGAGAUGGAGCCGCCGACCAUCAUCAGUGAUGUGGCCGGCGAGAUGGCCCGCUGCGACGACCGCUACACCACGAAGCCCUACAACCAUGCCUUCGGGUCAGGCGGCCCCACACCUCGGGGUUUCGGUGCCGUCCUGCACAUUGACAUCGCCGCCGGAACCACAAAAGUGUGGAGCGCAGGCCCGGACGUGACGGUUGGAGAGCCUUGCUUCGUCCCACGCUCCGCGGAUGCGCCUGAAGCGGAUGGAUUCCUGGUCGUCUCCUGUCGCGACCACACCACAACCCUUGGAAGCCUCGUGAUUCUGGAUACGCGAGAUAUUACGGCGGGUCCUGUGAGCAUUAUCCAGCUUCCGUUCAGAAUCCGAGAGGGUGUACAUGGUAAUUGGGUUCCCGCUUCCGAUUUUGCCAGCAGGAAGCCACUCGUAGACUACGCUGGCGUUACUCCUAGUCUUCUCAAGGAGUUCGGGACUGGAGCUCCCUUUCCCUACGAGGACUUGGCUACCAGUGCCGUGAAGAUGCGGUAG